AAAAAGAAAAAGAAAAAUGGAAAGCUUUUGCUUAAAGAGCUCAUAGUUUCAGACCUGCUCUCUCCCCCUCUCGCUGGGUUCUCUUCCUUCUCGGAGCUUGGAAGAGGCCUCCCAUGGCGAUCUCGCGGAACGAGAGCGUCUCCGAGCUCGGAUGACCUCUCCUGCGGAGGAUUCGUGGGUGGCUCUGGAAGUUCUUGAUAGGUCGAAUCAGCUCAGCUCUUGGAAUUUCUCUGCUCGAGGUCUGAAAAGUGUUCGGAUUGGAGGGUUUAAGUCAAGGAGCGAAGCGGAUGACUGGUUUGACAUGAUGUUUUAGCUUCGGAUAUGGAGAAAUAAGGGUAUGUCUGGAUUCUUGGUAGUUUAGUGGAUUCUUGAAAUCCUAGUUUAGUUGCUGCUGUGAUCUCGGAAGUUAGGAGUGCUGUUUCUAGAGCAAAUACUUUCUUCUGAUGAUGGAGUUUUAGAAGGAAGUUCAUGUGAGGAGGUUCUGUUGAGUUUAGUGUGUGCAAGGAUGAAGCUUUCGACUGUAGGUGUUGACCAGCAGGCGCAAGAAGGGGAAGAGAAGAGAUGCUUGAAUUCGGAGCUCUGGCAUGCGUGCGCCGGGCCGCUUGUGUGCUUGCCGACAGUUGGUACCCGUGUUGUCUACUUUCCACAGGGGCACAGUGAGCAGGUUGCUGCAUCGACGAAUAGGGAUGUUCAAGGUCAUAUCCCCAAUUAUCCGAGCUUGCCUCCACAACUGAUUUGCCAGCUUCACAAUGUCACAAUGCACGCGGAUGUGGAAACGGAUGAAGUAUAUGCUCAGAUGACUUUGCAACCUUUGAGCCUGCAAGAACAGAAGGAUACUUACCUUCCGAUCGAUAUGGGUGUUGUAAGCAAGCAACCGACAAAUUAUUUCUGCAAGACUUUAACAGCAAGUGAUACGAGUACUCAUGGAGGAUUCUCAGUACCUCGUCGUGCAGCCGAGAAAGUGUUCCCUCCUCUGGAUUUCUCUCAGCAGCCUCCUGCACAGGAGCUUAUUGCUCGGGACCUUCAUGAUGUUGAGUGGAAGUUCAGGCACAUUUUCCGAGGCCAACCAAAAAGACAUCUUCUUACUACAGGCUGGAGUGUAUUUGUCAGCGCCAAAAGGCUUGUUGCUGGGGAUUCUGUUCUAUUUAUAUGGAAUGAGAAAAACCAACUUUUGUUGGGCAUAAGGCGUGCUAGUCGACCACAAACUGUAACGCCAUCAUCAGUUUUAUCAAGUGACAGCAUGCAUAUUGGACUCCUUGCAGCUGCAGCUCAUGCUGCCGCCACAAAUAGUCGUUUUACCAUUUUUUACAACCCAAGGGCAAGUCCGUCGGAAUUUGUUAUACCACUAUCAAAAUAUGUAAAAGCUGUGUUUCAUACUCGCAUAUCUGUUGGGAUGCGAUUUCGUAUGCUUUUUGAGACGGAGGAGUCAAGUGUGCGCAGGUACAUGGGGACAAUAACGGGCAUAAGUGAUCUGGAUCCUGUACGUUGGCCCAAUUCUCAUUGGAGAUCAGUCAAGGUUGGUUGGGAUGAAUCAACAGCCGGUGAGAAACACUACAGAGUUUCAUUGUGGGAAAUUGAGCCUUUAACGACCUUCCCCAUGUAUCCAUCAUUGUUUCCGCUCAGGCUUAAACGUCCUUGGCAUCCUGGAGCACCCCUUCCUCAUGGCAACAAAGAAGAUGAGGGCAGUGGUUUCACAUGGCCAAGAGGGGACUCUGGAGAGCGGGGCAUCCAGUCGUUGAAUUUUCAGUCACUUGGUAUGGGCCCUUGGGUUCAAAAGUCACUUGAACCAUUAAUGCUGGGAAAUGAGCUCAAUUUGUGCCAAGCCAUCUCUGCUGUAGGUUCGCAGGAAAUCGGAGAUGGGGAUUUUCUGAUGCAGCAAUUUCUUCAGUAUCAACAACCUUUUCCAUUUCCUCAACAAUCCAGCCGAAAUAAUCCAUUGCUGCAGCAGCAAAUUUUUCAGCAGGCUCCUCAAGAGCAGAUUGUCAUCCCUCAGUCACAACGUGCAACUGAGAAUCUUGCACAUUCUGUUUCAGACCAGCAGUUGCAGCAAACUCAUAAUGAACAGCAUAAGCAGCAGAUUCAACAACCACAAACACAUGCAGAGGCAUUUCAGAUUCCAAACAAUCAUAUGCAGCAGCAACAAUCACCUUUGCCACCUCAGUUGCACCAAAAAUCAGUGUUUCCUGAUUCAAGCUUAAACUUUUCACCAGUCCCUGCAUCUAGUUGCAUCCAGGGUAUGUUGGGGUCUUCUCCUCCUGAUGGAAAUGCUACCAUUCUUAACUGGUCUAGACUUGGUAAUCCCAUAAUAUGUGAGCAGAAUCAGCAAGCUUGGGAGCCUAGGUUCACAAUGUCAGAGGUCCCUCCUUUUGGCAGUACUGUUAUGCUUCCUUCAUUUGCUGAGAAGGAUACUUCUGUGGGAAGUGAAAAUUGUUCAAAUCUGCAGAACCAUACCCUGUAUGGUAUUGGCAAGGAUACGCCCUCCCUCUCCAUUGCAGUGCCUAACAUUGGCAUAAGUGAUACUGGCAAUGAUCUAUCAACAAUGCCAUAUCCUGCUUCAUGUUUUCAGAAUUCUCUAUAUGGUUACCUCGAUGGAUCUUCGGGCUCGCUGCAAAGUGCAGCAGAGAUUGAUCGAGCAACCCGAACAUUUGUGAAGGUUUAUAAGUCUGGAUCGAUUGGGAGGUUGCUGGACAUCACUCGAUUCAGCAGCUACGAUGAACUUCGUGAGGAACUGGGUCAGAUGUUCGGUAUUGAGGGUCUAUUGGAUGAUCCUCUUAGAUCAGGCUGGCAGCUUGUAUUUGUCGACAGGGAGAAUGAUGUGCUUCUCCUUGGAGACGAUCCAUGGGAGUCAUUUGUGAAUAACGUGUGGUAUAUUAAAAUACUUCCACCAGAGGAUGUUCUGAAAUUGGGAAAGCAGGGAGUUGAGUCCGUCGGUUAAUCCUCUUGAAGCUGAAGGGAUAAAAACUGGUUUCCUCGUGCAUCUUCCAAUGAGUGCGCCUAUGGUGACUUCCGCAUAUUUGCUUGUAGUUUUUGGAUGGACUGUAGAACCUGGAGGUUAAUAUAUGAACAUGGUACUAUUUUGUUAAAAACCCUUUGUUUCACUGAUGGUUUGGACAGUUAUGGUGCCUUAUAUUGACUACUAGUGCUUUGUGGCUUACCUCAUUUCCUGUGUUAACUUUUAAACAGUAUCCACCUAUAAUCACCUAUGAUCCUUUGCAGGUUCUAGUUAUCUUGAAUA